AUGGAAAAUCAUGGUAAACUGAAACCGAAGGUUCUUGCGGCGGAGGGGAACAAAGGCGUUCCCCUCGACCCAGCGCUGGCGGACUUGUUGCAAGGUCUCCUCAAGCUCGACUCGCGACAUCGCUUGAGUGCAAGGGACGCCCUGGCGAGCCCUUACUUUGCGCCCAGGCAUGGGCAGCAUGACGAAAGGCUGGAUGCGUGGGUUACCUUGCGGGGUGACCUAGAUAAGGUGCAGAUGGGAGUGGCUACGCCGGAUCAGCUCCGCGGCACGUUCGCCGCCGCCAAUGCGCCCACGGGGCCUCCACCUCCCCCGCCCCCGCCCAGAGGUCUCGCCGAUGCUCCUCCCCCGCCGCUUUCACCUAGAGGCGGCCCUUCAGGACACCCUAGCCAGCACGGCCGUCCACAGAGGGAUAGGAAGGAGGAGGAGCGUGCGGGCCGCCGCUCGCACGCCGACAAGGCACGCGAAAGCAGGCGUGCGCGAGGAAGGGGCGUCGCGACCCCUUCCCCGCCACGCGAGGGCCUCCACAUCUCGGUACAGCUUCCCCUCAAGCCUGAUCCACCAGGAGGGUAUGGCGCCGUGUCGGUAGAGAGGACUGGCAGAGCGGGGCGGGCAGAUCGGGGACGCCUCGAGGAUCACGUCAAAACCCGUAGCCCAAGCCCCAGGGGGGGUAGGAGGCGGAGUCCGGCGAACGGCAGGAGGGAGCGGGAGCGGGAGUGGGAGCGGGAGCGGGAGCGGGAACGCGAACGAAGGGGAAGAAAAAGGGACAGAGAGAGGGAAAGGGGUGUAACGAGGUCGCGCGAGCGCGAGUGGCAGGGCGGUGAACGGUCGGGCAGGGACCCGCGCCGUGGUAGUCGUUGACGAUACUUACAACACACCCGGCGCUAUGGCAUAUAACACGGCGGGGUGUUCGGUCCGUAAAGGGGUUGCUUGAUGUAGGCGCGAUCGCGAUUGUAAGAGAAAAUUAGUUAAAUCACCACGAAUGAAUGGCUAUUGUUAGAUUUGGGCUGACGGCUGUGUCGGGAGGUGACACUGUGAAAAAGGGGCAGUGGUGUUGACUGUUGACUUGGGGUCUUGGUUGGAUCUUGCGAUCAUGCAGCCAGCGCACAAGAGAAACUUAGUGGCGUGAGUAUGGGUUGCGUGGAGUCGAUUCCAAGUCCAGCGAAAGGGUCAGGCAUGUGAUGAAAUGUUGAGGUGCCGACAAAAAGUGGCGCCAAAGCAAGAAAGGAUUUGUGCCGGUGUGACGUCUUUUUGUUGUUCAGAUCAAAUGAGUUAGUUAGACCAGUUUCUUCUUCCUUUCGUAGUCGAGGGUGUGGUCUCCGUUCAACUGAUUGUCUGAGUUCCUGUGUGCUGCUGUGACUUGCUGGCCCCGA